AUGCAGAGGCUGCAUCAGAUCAUGCCUGGUUCGCGGCUCGAGUUCAUCCCUUCCAGCAAGUGGUCUUGGCAUCUGGAAGGGGAAGACGUCACGAAUGAAGUGUCUUCACUGUUGGAGGGCAUUCUCCCGUCCCGCACCACUGCUACAUCUUUCGACAUUGAUGUGCAGGUUUACGGGGAAGAUAGGAAGGUUUGUGUCAUUCAACCAGAUCUUACCCCAGUUGCACAAGUUUUGUACGUUGGCCUUCCGCGUUUUAUUCCGCGGUCGCUUCAACUGCCACACCUGGAAGAGUGGGCAAGCAAAGAAUUUGUGAAGAUUUGGGCAAUUUAUGAGGACACCGUGAAGCCCGAGUUGCUGCAGGAAGACAAUCCACGCGUCUUCCAGGAUGAUUUGCUUGCUGUUGUCCAUGCAUUGCUGCCACAGCUGGGUGACCGCUUCGUACUAGUCGACAGCUCAUUCGGCCCUGGCACUUUCCUGACAUGGGAGCUUCGGCCCUUUUUGCAAGGUGCCCUGAUCAUCAAUGUGCAUUUGUUCAAGGCACCUGACUUCGACGAAACUGAGCUGGCACAGAAAAUCAAGAAGAGGAUGGCAUUUCUAGGCGAGACAUACGGCAGUCGUGACUAUGACAAAAUCCUGCCUUUACUGUCCGACUUUACCUAUCCUACUGGUGGAGCAGAAGGCAUGGAGCAGAUAAAGGCUGGCUACCAGAAAGCCCUGGACAAUGCAUCUGACAACUUCUGGGAUCUGGCACAUUUACAGCCUUCCUGGAAUUUUGCCAAGCUCACGCCGAUAUUUUCUUCGAUGCAAGAAUGGCCGUUGCAGUCUCCGCCUGUCGUGCUGGCCGCCAGCGAUCAAGCCCCCUUGGUGGUGGUGAGGGAGGCCAUGCAGAGGCUGCAGCAGAUCAUGCCUGGUUCGCGGCUCGAGUUCAUCCCUUCAAGCAAGUGGUCUUGGCAUUUGGAAGGAGAAGGUGUAGCGACAGUCAUCUCGGAGCUCUUGUCCUCACUGUUGCCUGUGGGAGUGGCGGACCACUCGUCUCUGCAGGACAUCACCGAUGAGUUCCCGGUUCUCCACACUCUGGGUGUCAGCUCCAAUUUUCCGUCCAGAACGUUGCUCAUGGCAUUCGUGUCAUCCGUUGUGGCGACUCUUCUCCUUUCCGUGUCUGACUUGACCGGCACAGGGCAUCUGACAUUGUACAGUGUGCGUUAUACGAUGACGCUGCAUCCCAGCGAUUACGUCAUGUUUGCCGUGCUCGGUGUGGCUGGUGGUCUUGUCGGCGCCCUCUUUAACGCAUUGAACAUCAGGUGGUGUGCUUUCAAAGCAAAACCUGCAUUCAAACGAUGGUUGGGGCCGGUGCAAGAGGCCUCCGUGCUCGCGUUCGUAACGCUUGUUUCGUCCUGGCCGCUGAGCCUGACGCGAUACCUCAUGGCCCCGACAAUUCAUGCUCUCUUUGACACGUGCAGCGACGAGCCCGGGGAGACGGUGCGCAGCAGGUUGCAAGCCGAGUUUGGGCUUUGCACAGAGGACGGGUACAGCAAUUCCUCGGGCAACGGCCUGCUGACCUCCCUCGGCCUGGCAGCUGCGCUCCGCUUCUGCCAGAUGGUCUUCACCAUUGGCUCGGCCUGCCCAGCUGGACUUUUUGUCCCGUCCCUCUUUGUCGGCGCAUGUUUGGGGCGGUGCCUUGCGCUGGGUCUCAAAGCACUGAACGCAGGCACUCGAUUGUUUCCCAACAAGGUCGAUCCGGGCGUCUAUUCCAUGGUGGGCGCAGCCUCGGUCCUUGGAGGGGUCAGCCGCAUGACGAUAUCUCUGGUCGUGAUUAUGUUGGAGCUGACCGGAGGCUUAGACUACGUGGUGCCUUUCAUGAUUUCUGUGUUGCUGGCCAAAGCUGUUGGCGACUCUUUGAACGAAGGCAUUUACGACUUGCAGAUCGUUUUGAAGGGUUAUCCCUUUCUGCAUGAAGAGUUGGAUGUAACCUUCACGGAGCGCUGUUGUGACAUCAUGGAGACAGGCUUGGUGAAGCUCGACGUGAAGCUUCGCCCCCGCUUCCUUGACAUCCGUGUAAUGGUCCGGGCAUUUACGUUCCGCGGCUUUCCCGUGGUUGAUGGCGAUCGCUUUGUUGGCUACAUCCGCCGAUCAGCGUUGCAGGACUGGCUCUCGCGAAUGGAGCUCGUCCGAGGCCAGAACGAGGUGGUGGCUCUGGAGGAUUUGGCUUCUGUCAUCGACUCUACGGUCAUGCGUAUGGUGCCCGACGCCCCGCUGACUCAAGCACAUCAAGUCUUCAAGCAGCUUGGCUGCCAGAGAAUCUUCAUCGUGGGUUCUGUUCCCGGGGGCCAGCAGGAUCUGCUGCGAGGGAUCCUAACCAAAAAGAGUUUCCUCAAGUUCCUCCAAGACGGCACAGUGGGGUGUAUGCCCGAUGUGCUGCAGUACUCUACGUUGGAGAGAAACGGCAACUUGCGAUUUGCAUACGAGGGGCCUCAGCAGGAGAGCACUGCCAGCCACAUCCGGGUGGGCGAAAUUUUCUCAGUUCUCAGUGCAGCAGCAGAGGCUGGCGAAGAAAGCAGGCCAGAUGACUGCGCCAGCCACGCCAGCCAGGGAGCCUCGGCGAGCGAUGCAGAGGAGACCCCGAUUUGCGCCCGGGCUUCGAAGCCGGCGGCUACCACAUCAACUAGCCUCGCAUCAAAUCCGGGGGACGAUGGCUACCCGGAGUAUUGGUACCAUAAUAAGACGGCAGACCAGACACCCGGAUUUGAUGACAUGUUUUAUGCUCCGGACUCCGAGCAUCACUGCUUCCAAGAGAUGUUUGAAGAAUCCUAUGUCGCAAAAGCGACGCAGGACCGCCCAUGCCCGAAGGGCACUUGCGGCAAAACACCUGGAGGCUGCCCCUGCAACCAGCCCGGAGCAGAUCCCGGACUUCCGGUGUCUUUCAAUGUUCAGCGCGUCAUUCGCGUGGAGUCCUCGGAGCUGUGGGAGCGCUACCAGAACAAGAAAAAGGCAAUCAUGGCCUCGCGGCCUGGUGGCGUCGAAGAGUUCGACCCUCCCGUCAAGACAAUGAACAAGGCCUCCGAGUACACCGGUACGUUUGCUCCGGUGGACGGAUCCAUCAACGAGGUUUAUGCUUUCCAUGGCACGCAGGUGCGCUAUGCCUUGGCAAUCGCCGAGAACGCGUUCAGAAUCGACCUCGCGGGCUCAAGCACGGGCACAUUGUACGGUCGAGGGGCAUAUCUUGGCGAGUCUAUCAGCAAGGCAGAUGAGUACGCAAAGGACGAACCAGGAGGCUUCUAUGACGGAGUCUUUGCCGUCCUGGUUUGCCGUGUUGUUAUGGGCAAGCUGAACUGUACCAAAUCUGACGCGAAAGCCGCGGAGAAAGUCAGCGCCGGACAGUUCGACAGCACCUGCGGCACGCGUGUGUUUCGAGAGCUGGUGAUCUACGAUGCUGACCAGUGCUAUCCCGAAUAUCUUGUUCUCUACAAGAGGAAGUAUGCCAAGGACCCGGAGGAGGAGACCACAAAGCCACGGAAACGCCGAUUCUUCAUGCAAGUGCCACUUCACUGGAGGAAUGUCGCGACCGACUUGUCUGCCGGCUUUCGGGAGGAGGUUGAUCUGAAAGGUCCGGCGACUGCAUGGAUGCAGUGCUUGGUCAACCAAGCACAGCUCGUGCCAGCACGGACCAUCCUGCAAGCAACACGGUUGGAAGACUCCACGAUAUGGGAACGCUAUGUGCAAUUCAAGGCGGCUCUGCGCAGUCGGAUAGAUGACCGAAGUGGGGAUCCCUUACGGCUCACUUUGGUGGAGAAAGAUCUACGUGCGCUGAUGAAGCGGCCGUGCAAGUUUUUUAAGACCCCGCGGGGCUGUAAGUCCGGCGACAAAUGCAGGUUUUCGCACAACGAGUUUGGGUUAGACUUGGACGACUUGGGUCUUGCAGCCGGUAGACGCUUGCCGGUGGAUGAACUGGACAGGCGUUUGCACGAAGGCUUCUUGUGGUAUGCUUGCACGCGGUCAGCCGCCUCGGAACUGAGCCAGGGCCAUGUAAAGAAGGAUGCGACACUUCCGGGGACACGAUUCUACGAAAGCUUGCAGACCGCGCUCAAGCAGACGAAGGCUGAGGACGGCAUGAAAGUGGCGGUGCUGUGCCGUGUCAUGUGCGGGCUGCCCGGCGUUGACGUUGCUGACGACAACACCGACUUCAUGAUCAUCGAGACCGAUGCCAAUGGACGCAGAGAAGUACUCGUCAAAGACGGCAGUGCUGUCUACCCCGAAUACCACCUGUGCCUCAGCUACAGCGAUGAAGAGGAGGUCGAAAAGAUGAUUGAAAGCAUGGACAGAUCACCGAAAGGCAAGGAUGGCGACGAGCCGCGACUGGCUGUGGACGACCCAACCGAGGAGCCGGGGGAGAAAGGCAUGCUGUGCUGCGCCGUCGCAGAGUGA